AUAUAGUGAAUGCAGGGUCCGGGGGAGACCAGAUAUAGUGAAUGCAGGUCGGUGGAGACCGAUAUAGUGAAUGCAGGGGUCCGGGGAGACCAGAUAUAGUGAAUGCAGGGUCCGGAGGAGACCGGACAUAGUGAAUGCAGGGUCCAGACCAGAUAUAGUGAAUGCAGGGUCCGGGGAGACCAGAUAUAGUGUGAUUGUAGGGUCCGGGGAAACCAGAUAUAGUGAAUGCAGGGUCCGGGAAGACCAGAUAUAGUGAAUGCAGGGUCCGGGGAGACCAGAUAUAGUGAAUGCAGGGUCCGGGGAGACCAGAUAUAGUGAUUGCAGGGUCCGGGGAGACCAGAUAUAGUGAAUGCAGGGUCCGGGGAGACCAGAUAUAGUGAUUGCACGGUCCGGGGAGACCAGAUAUAGUGAUUGCAGGGUCCUGGGUUUAGCACGAUAGUGAAGGC